GUGACCUUACCCGCGGCGGCGCCCGCCGGCGGGUGGGAGGGCGCCGAGGGCGGCAUGGCGGUGCAGCAGCCUUGCGCCGAAGGCCCCUGCUGCUCCCACCCCAGCGCGGCUCCCGGCGUGCAGCAGACGCUGGACGAGAUGGACUUCGAGAGGGGAAUCUGGUCUGCAGCCCUGAACGGAGACCUGGGCCGAGUGAAGUAUUUAAUCCAGAAGGCAGCGGACCCCAGCCAGCCCGACUCCGCCGGCUACACGGCUCUGCACUAUGCCAGCCGCAACGGGCACUAUGCCGUGUGCCAGUUCCUGCUGGAGAGCGGGGCCAAGUGUGAUGCCCAGACCCACGGGGGAGCCACCGCUCUGCACCGGGCCAGCUACUGUGGGCACACGGACAUCGCCCGGCUCCUGCUGUCGCACGGCUCCAAUCCCAGGCUGGUGGACGACGACGGCAUGACCAGUCUGCACAAGGCCGCCGAGAAGGGUCACGUGGACAUCUGCUCCCUCCUCUUGCAACACAGCCCAGCCCUGAAGGCCGUCCGGGACCGGAAGGCACGACUCGCCUGUGACCUGCUGCCCUGCACCAGCGACCUGCGGGACCUGCUGGCCAGCUGAGUCUCCCCGCUCCCGUCACGGGCUGCGUGUGGGGUACACGGACUAGCCCUCCAAGCCCCCGCCUCGGUCGGCGCCCGAGCCGCAGGGUGGGAUCCUGAGGCUGGAGGACCCCGGAAGAGCCCCAUUCUGGCCACUGGGGAAGCAAGGGCGGCGAUUUGGUGGGGCUGCCAGUGCUCCAGCCUGGACAGAUGACCGUAUUCUAAAUUAGUUCAUGUGGAAACAUCUAUCCGUUUGGAAAAAAUAAAGUUAUAUCCUUAUCUCAUCCCA